UGUCGUACAUGUCAGAGUUACCGGGCAAAAACCCGGCAAUGCUACCGGAACCGGAACCACGUUCUAGGGUUCAACCAGCGAAGUCGCCGCCGACGUAUUCUGGCGUAGAGACUUUGAGAAUCUACUGGCUCCCUCUAACGCUCUUCGCAGCUUCGCUCUGUUUUCAGCUCCUCGUUGUUCCCCACUUUUUCCCUUCUUCCCAUUACGACGUUUUGGGGAUCAAACGGUAUAGCUCGAUUGAAGAAGUAACUAAAGCAUACGAAAAGCUAUCCUCCAAGUGGAGCUCAGGUGUGGAUGCUGAUUCCACGGACAAUUUCAUCAAGGUUCGGUAUGCAUUUGAGUUAUUGACAAAUCAGAUAUGGAAAAGAGAUUAUGACCUAUUUGGUAUUGAUGAGCAAUUUGAUGUAAUUGAAAGGGCAAAGGUGCAAGAAAGUUGGACACGCAUAUCUGAAAUCCGCCUUCCUCUAAUUGCACCUGUUUCUUUUGAACUGAAGGAUUACGGUUAUGGUCUCAUUAACCCCGACAUGCUUGUGUCCAUGCAUGAGAGUAACAAAGCAUUUCUUGUUCAGAUUUUUUCCUCUGGGAGUGGACAAUGCAAUCAGUUUUUACCCAAGUGGAAGAGAAUUGUUGAAUUGCUAGAUGGAGUUGCUAAUACUGGAAUGGUUGAACUUGGUGAUACUCAGCUUGCAACAUAUCUAGCAGAGAAGAAACCUAGUGGCCAACCUUUCUUGAGAUAUGGAGUUCCUGCACUUCUGGCUUUCCCCCCAGGCUGUAAGAGUUUGAAAUGUCUUCAUAGGUAUGAAGGACAGCUAUCUGUUGAUGCGGUUACAGAUUGGGUUGCAACAUCCAUUCUUAGCUUGCCACGGAUCCCAUAUUACUGGAAAGAAUCAAUGGCACAAAAGUUUCUUGCGAACACCAAACCACAUAAGGUCAAGGUCAUCUUUUUCUCAAAGACAGGAGAACGUGCUUCCCCAAUUAUUCGCCAUGCAGCUAAAAGCUACUUAGAUUUUGCUGAUUUUGCAUUUGUAUAUUGGCAGGAAAGCGAAUCUUCUUUAUGGCUGAAUAUGUUUGGGGUAGAGUCAGCUCCUGCCUUGGUUUUCCUGAAGGAAGCUGGGGUAACACCAGUUGUUUACCAUGGCUAUAUCAAUAAUUCAAUGUUUGCCGAUAUUCUGGAGAAGAAUAAACAUCAAGUGCUUCCCCAAUUGAGGAGUACAACUUCAAUGGAGUUGGGCUGUGAUGCUCGGGGCUUUUCUCGUGCUGGUAAUGACACGAAGGUUUGGUAUUGUGUUGUUCUAGCUGGAAGGCAAAGCCAAGAACUUAAUGAAAUGCGUGAAACCAUGCGCAGGGUGCAAGAAACACUGUCAAAUGGAGAUUUAAAUGCAGUUGAUCAAGAUACUCUCUCAACUAUAGCAGAACUUGCUCUGAAAGAGAAACGGUUGACAUUUACUUGGCUCGAUGGAGAAAAACAAAAGAGAUACUGCUUCUUUUAUAUCAACUCGGAAAGUAGUUAUGAUACAUGUGGACCUAGAUAUGACAUUACAAAUGUUGCAAAGAUGUUUAUUGUUCGUUAUUCAAGGAAUGCUACCAAUGAAAAUAAUAAGGAUUCACCUAAAAACCGUUAUGAAGCAUUGCUUGCCGAUGAUGUUGAUUCUGCUUCCCAACUUGUCGCACAUUAUAGCGGUCCAAAUAAACUUCCAGAGAUCAUACAAUGGAUAUCUGAGAUUAUUAAAAAUGGAGACUCUAACGAUCUACCAUCUUUUAAAACCAAAACCCCCGAGCUGGUUCCGGAGGAUGCAAAUUCCAUUUGGUCUACUGGUUCUGAAAAAAUCUUUGCCCCUACCAAUGGAAUUAAGCCAAAGGUCAAAGGUUUUGUGAAUCAAAUUCAUGAUUACCUAGGGGACCCAAGGAUUGGACCUAUCUUACUUCUGGGAGCAUUGGUGUCGUUCGGUCACAUUUGGCUUCGUAGAAGUCAGUCAAGUAAUGUAAAUCAGACAAAUGGUUCACCAAAAGAUACAAUGAAGCCAAAACCAAAGGAGAGGGAGAGGCCAAACUUAAGGAAGCAGCUGCCGAGAAACCAACUGAUACCGCCUUCAAUAACUGAUGUCCUGCCAAAAGAUGCUUAUGAGAUGGAAUUCUCAGAGUCUGAUACUGAGUGAGUAUACUUUAGACCCGCAACGACAAAGGGAGUUUAUAGAAGUUCGAGGUUGGUGCUUUGAAAGCUUAACAUUUUGAUAGGAACCCCCUGCUAUACACAAUCCAGAGUUCGCCCUUAGAGUUUGCCAUACACAAUCCUGAUUCUACAAUUUAUUUACUUUGUUUUCUGGUAUUAAAUUUAUGCAGAGCAUCAAUUAUUUUAUAUUUUUUAUUUAGAAAUAUAUGCCCUCCGUCUAAAAAUGAAAUUCACGGGCUACUUUACCAUGUU